AUGUAGGUGCAUGUCCAACUCUGAAUUUGUGGCUUUAAUCUUCUGAAUUCUGUAUGUGAUCCAGGAAAUAACAUUCUAUUAUGACACCGGCAAAUGUUUCAACCCUUUUGCAUGUCUCUGUUACUGCCAUGAUUUCCCACUUUGUGAUUUAUAAAAGGAAAUAAGGGAGGGGGCUCUAUAGGCGGGCUGAACGACCCUUCCACAUGUUAUCAGGAGUUGGAAAUACUGAGCGCCAGAGGAGCGCAGCGCACCGCAGCGAGUGCGCACAGGAACUUGCAGAGACAACUCCUCUAGUUCCUCAUCGCUUCAUUUCAAAAAUCAUCUUUGGACAUUUGAAUUUUUAUUUUUUUUAUUUUUAUUUUUUGCCAAAUCCCGUCCUUCAGAGCAUUUUUUUUCUUCCUUGAAUGAGCAUGACGGUUGCUGCUCAUAUGACUGAUUUCACUUGAGGCUAUACAGGAGAGAAAGCGAAAUGGAGACGUUUACAAUACAUGACCUCCUCGUAAAUUCAACUGAUCUCAACAAGAUUUUGUGCAGUCUUGGCAUCAAGAAUAUUUCCGAUUGCGAGAGCGAGCAGGACCCCCCACCAGAACAUAAAGACAUCAAUCAGACCGUACGGAUCGUCCUCUACAGCCUCAUCUUCCUCCUCAGCAUCCUGGGCAACAGCCUCAUCAUCGCCGUCCUGGUGAGAAACAGGCGCAUGAGAACCGUCACCAACCUGUUCCUGCUGUCUCUGGCUGCCAGCGACCUGAUGGUCUCCCUGGUCUGCAUCCCCUUCACCCUCAUCCCCAACCUCAUGAGGAACUUCAUCUUCGGCACUGGCAUAUGCAAGCUGGUCAUGUACUUCAUGGGGGUCUCAGUAAGUGUUUCCACCUUCAACUUGGUGGCCAUCUCCCUGGAGCGCUACAGUGCCAUUUGCAACCCACUGACCUCCAGGUCGUGGCAGACAAAGUCCCACGCUGCUAAAGUCAUCACCGCAACUUGGGUGGCCUCCUUCAUACUGAUGCUGCCCUACCCCAUUUCCAGCACCCUCAAGCCCUUCACCCGCCUCAACAACAGCACCGGGCACAUGUGUCGGCUGGUGUGGCCCAACGACACCAUCCAGCAGUCCUGGUAUGUGUCUCUGUUGUUACUGCUCUUCCUGAUCCCUGGGAUUGUCAUGAUGACAGCCUAUGGACUCAUCUCCUUGGAGCUCUUUCGCGGCAUCAGGUUUGAGAUGUCCAACAGGAGAUCAAGCAGAGACCGACAAUCCAGCACUGGCAGCAUCAAACCAGGUGACAGUGAUGGCUGUUACUUGCAGCCGUCUAAAAAGAAGAGCGCAACGGUCAGUACUGGCAACUUUCCCAACUCCAGCAGCAAGCCAAUGAUGGGGCGUGUGUGCAGCAGCAGCUCUACAUCCAACCUGAUGGCCAAGAAGCGUGUGAUCCGCAUGCUCCUGGUCAUUGUCUUUCUCUUUUUCCUGUGCUGGACCCCCGUCUUCGUGGUCAACGCGUGGCAGGCUUUCGAUCGGCGCUCGGCCUACCGUCUGACCGGUGCGCCCAUCUCCUUCAUCCACCUGCUGUCCUACACCUCAGCCUGCGUCAACCCCAUCAUUUACUGCUUCAUGAACAAGCGUUUCCGCCAGGGCAUGCUGGCCACCUUCACCUGCUGCAGCUGCUUCAGGAGGAGCAGCAGAGGCGGUUCGGGGAGGUCGUCUGGAAGCAGAAUGACUAAAGGGGAAGUGAGCAGAUCGAGAUCGGGGCCAAAGAUCCCUGAGCAGAAUGGUCACACCCCGCCAAGUGGAGGCAGCACACGCUUCACGUACACCGGCAUCCGUGCAUCAGCCUGGAGUGAGUUGACUUAGACUGGACUGAUGUGUCUGUGUGAAAGUACUGGCCUGAGUGCAAACACAUGAAGGAAUCUGUGGUGUGUUAUUUUAGCGUAAAGCCCUCACAGUGCUUAUAGGACUAGUUUAUGAGCAGCUAUGUCGCUUUAGCUCAAGUGUGACAUGACAUGGGUACGUUAUAUUGUCUGUGGAGCAGAACUGGCGCACAUUCAGUGCUCUACUAGCACAUCAACAAGGCCAAAUGUUUCCGUAAAGCUUGGAGCAUUCAAAGUGGCUAAGUGAUACCUGAUCAUAUAUGGCUUCAGGGGUCACAAGUCUGACAGAAAGAUAAAAAGCCUAUCCUUUUUUCAUAUUUAACCACAUUUUACUGCAUCUGUAACUGAGCAGGCACUAGAAAGUCUUUCAGAAACCACGUAACUACUUUUCAAGUUAAUCAGUGUCAAAAGGUUAACACAAAAGGAUAAGCAUCUUCUUACAUAUCUCUCAUGAAAACACCGAGGUCUGGCUCACUCGAUGUUUUCAACAAUGUCAGUUCAAGGUUUUCUUGCUAGCUAAUCUGCAGACGUGACUGCAGUUGUUUGCCCAGUUUAUGUCAAAGUCAAAGAAAUACCUUCAAAGUCAAUGUGACUUUAAAGAACUACUGUUAUAGUUGUUUAAGUGGAGAAGAAUAUUGUCACAAUUUCUUUAAUAGCUAGACUGUACAGGUCACGCAUGCUUUGUCUUACUAGUCAUUUCUGAAAAUAUAUUAUGAGACCUUCCUGACUUGUGUAAUCCAUCAUAUUGUGUAGUAAUACAGCUAAAAUGUCACGACAUUAACUCUCAACAUGAAGGCAGGUUUAAAGAAAGUUUCACCAAGAAUUGAUCCAGAGACUUUAUCUAAAAGAUCAAUAAAGUCACAGAUGGGUUUGUAUACUACUAUUUUGGCAUCUUGGUGUCCUGAAACUGGAUAGAGCGAAUGAGUAUAUCUGAUCGAAAAAAAACAAAAACAAACUGAGGUUCUUGUCAAUCACAAGGGAGCCACAUCCUAAACCUUGAUGUAUUGUCUGUUUUCCACUAAAGAGGACUAUAAUUUACAAAUUAACAUCAUGGAAUAUGAAAACAAACUUGAUGCUACCAACUGAAAUGAUAAAACUCACUAAGAAAACGACUGAAGUAACAUAUCAAUAAGAAGUGAGUCCUUUCUGCCUGGAUUUGUAUUUAAUCUGACUUCUUUAAGCAACAAGAGAAGUCGCCUCCUGCUGGUCAGAAAGAAAUGUAAAACACUUUACUUGUUUGUUUACAAAAAAUAUUAAUGCUAAGCUAAGCGUCUCCUGACUCUAGCUUCAUAAAUUAUGCUGACAAUCCUAUUUUCCCCAACAUGUGAGACCAUUUAUUACUCAGCCAAGGAACACGGUAGAGUUAUGAUUGGCAUACGUUUGUCUCUCUGUUCGUCUGUCUUUGCACAACAUUACUCACAAACGGACAAACAGAUUUGGAUGAAAUUUUCAGGGAAGGUCAGAAAUGACACAUGGACCAAGUCAUUAGAUUUUAGCAGCGAUGCAGCUUACAGUCUGGUUUCAUGGAUUUGUUAAAGAUUUCUGUAUCACUGCAAGAUGGUGGCAUGGCAUCACUGUAACUAUGACAACAAGUGAACACUACAUAACAUGAUUGUGAUCCAAUUACAAAUCGACCGCUGUGGACUUUUCUGUCGGAAAUCAUACAAGGAACAGUUGACUAAAUUGUCGAGGUGUUUUGAGUCCCAUCAAUUCCUGCUGUCCCCUACAUAUUUAGGUCACGCAAUUCGGUAUCCGUACAAAACAUACACAUGCAUAGCACACGCUUGUGCUCAGCGCAAGGUCAUUUUUUAUUAAAGAUAUUAUCUGUCAGAAAUUAUGCAGUGACUGAGCAGCCUUGGAGGAGUACUGUGCUCUCUGAGUGCCUCUCUUGUUGUUUAAUGUAAUGGAUUACACAACUAACAUUUGCCUUUCUAUUCAGAAAUACUUCAAAGUCGUGUUAGACAUACAACGCAUCUAAGACAUCACUCAUUGGUUUGUGGAUUUAAAUUUGGAACUUGGCUGCCUUCAUCUUUUCAAACCUGACACCAAAAGUGAGCAGUGUGAUCUGAAUAGGAAUUUGAGGACACUAUACGAUACAGCAGUGACCUGCCAAUCACAAGGUAGUCACUGCUUGAUCAUCUACUAUACUCAAAAAUGGACGAUAAUUUACUAAAUAAACAUCAUGCUGUAUUGAAGGAGUCUUGAAACUAGGGAUUGAGACCAUAAACUUAAUAGGAAAACAUUUACUGAGGUAGCAGAUCAAGGAAGAAGUUGGGUCAUUUUCUCAUAGACUUUUAUUACCUCCGCCAGGAGGUUAUGUAAUCACCGGAGUUUGUUUGUCUGUCUGUCUGUGUGUGUGUCCGUUUGUCUGUUAACAGCAUAACUCAAAAAGUCAUGGACGGAUUUUCACCAAAUUUUUACAGGAUGUCCGGAAGAGCAAAAGUAACAAUCGAUUAGAUUUUGGAGGUGAUCCGGAUCACCGUCUGGAUCCAGGAUUUUUUUUGAAGGUCUCUGUCCAAUUGAGAGAACUGUAAACACUUCCCGGAAGUGUUUACAGUUGUACUGUAAUAUUAAGAUCACAAGUAUUGCCUUUGAAUGUUUCUCCACAAUUGUCAGACAUUUGGAUUCUGGUGGAAGACAGAAAAACCCAAUGGAUCCAGACGGUGAUCCGGAUCACCUCCAAAAUCUAAUCGAUUGUCUGGAUCCAGACGGUGAUCCGGAUCACCUCCAAAAUCUAAUCGAUUGUCUGGAUCCAGACGGUGAUCCGGAUCACCUCCAAAAUCUAAUCGAUUGUUACUUUUGCUCGUCCGGACAUCCUGUAAAAAUUUGGUGAAAAUCCGUCCAUGACUUUUUGAGUUAUGCUGUUAACAGACAAACGGACACACACACAAACAGACAGACAGACAAACAGAUGGCCUGGCGGAGGUAUGCGCUCUCCGAGUGCUUUUCGAGUUUAAUCAGAUUUCUUUUUUUGCAACAGCAGGUGUCGCCUCCUGUUGGCUGUUAGAAUGAAUGCAGGUGUAAGACAUUUUCGUGUUUAUUUUUUUGUCUUUUCAAACUCAAAAGCUACAUUUGUCUUUUAAAUACAGUGCACGAAAUCACAAAAGCAGCAUUAAUAUUUGUGACUUUUAAUCAUGUAGCUACUGGCUUCCCCUAUGUGCCAGAAACAAUCUCACUUUUGUAAACAGGCUACUAUUUGUCAUCUUCAGCAGUGACUGCCUGGUACGCUGCAGUGUAAACCUACUCAGUAGCUUCAAAACAAAAAUCCCCCACUGCACAAGUAGUUCUGCUCACGUCCUUGACCCACUGUGUGUGUGUGGUUACCUAAGGGAUUGUACAGUGUGUACAAUGUGAACUGGAGAGGCCUUAUCAAUAUGUGGGACUCUAAACACCUGCAGCUCCUCUUCAAAGAGUGAAUUCCUGGCAUUAGCCGCGGUUCGUCCUGUUAAAUAUAGCAGCAUCGAUGUAGCAACAUAUUCUGUGUCUCUGUAUCAGUAUGUUGUGUAAAUUGUUUCUUUUAACCAAAUGGAAAAUGUUGUAUUUUUCAAGUGUUUUGUUCUGCUGCAUGAUACUUUGCUCAUAACUGAAUGUAUAAACAUAAUCCCAGUAAAUGUACUGGUUUGUAAUGUACACGGUGUCUACAACGCAUCAACUAAUAGCUGACCUUGAUUGCCUAGUAUGCAGACUCGGGGCAGAGGAGCUUGGAGCUUUUAACAGCUUUCAGGGGAUGUAAAGAACAGAGGGAAUCUGCUGGGACUUCUUCCCAGGGAUAAGAGCUCCAUUUGGGCUCAGUGGACGCCCAAAGCUCUGACCCGCCUUCACACUGCAGCCGCUGGGAGACGUUUAACCGUCACUGGAGGGGAGAAAAGAUAAAAUAUGGCUCAGUUAAGUCUUUACACAAGGAAAAGGAAGCUAUUUUUGCUGAAAUAUUUAAAGUGAAGUGUAAAUCCAUACUUGCUUAAGCUUCAGGUGACGAUUAAAAACAUACACAAACCGAGA